AUGUUUGGUCUCUGGAGAACCUUCACUAGCGUGGUUUUCUACCUCACUCUGGCCGUCAGCCUCGUGGGGCUGGUGGGGAACGGGCUGGUCCUCUGGCACCUGGGCUUCCACAUCAGGAAGGGCCCGUUCUCCGUCUACGCCCUGCACCUGGCCGCCGCCGACUUCCUGUUCCUCUGCUGCCACGCGGCCUUCUCCAUCGCCCAGGUCGCCCUGGGCUCCCAGAACACCGUCUACUUCGUGGUCACUUUCAUCGGGUUUGCGACGGGGCUCUGGCUGCUGGCAGCCUUCAGCCUGGAGCUCUGCCUGUCCGAGCUCUUCCCCGCCUGCUACCAGAGCUGCCGCCCCAGACACACGUCGGGCGUCGUCUGCGGCCUGAUCUGGGCCCUGAGCCUGCCGGUCGUGCUGCUGCCCGCUCAUGCCUGUGGCCAGCUGUGGGACGGGGCGCGCCUGCUGGCCUGUCUGCGGUACCACGCGGCCUGCAUCACGUGGCUGCUGGUCCUGGCCUGCGUGGCCUGCGUGGCCGGGCUGGUCCUCUUCAUCUGGGUGGCAUGCUGCUCCCAGCGCCCGCGCCCCAAGUUCUACGGCGCCGUCCUGGGCUCCGUGCUCCUGCUCACCGUCUGCGGCCUACCCUACGUCCUCUACUGGAGCCUGCGGCCCCUCCUCAAUGUCCUGCUGCCCAUAUUCCCCCCGCUGGCCACCCUCCUGGCCUGUGUCCACACCAGCUUCAAACCACUCAUCUAUUUCACCGCCGGCCGGCAACCAAGAAAACGCGAGCCAUUGAGGGCGGUUCUCCAGAGGGCCCUGGGGGACGGGGUCCAGCUGGGGCCUAGGGGGCUGUCCCUGCCCAUGAGUGCCAUAUAG